AUGGGGAACAGCGCAACAAAGGAGCAGAGACCUUCCUCUGCUGUUGGAUACCACAGUCGCCAGGAUGCGAGUUCAUCACAAGCGGGAUCAGCGAACCCAUCGACAAACCCGUAUUCCGCUCGCAGCGGUCGCGGAAGCCGCCAUGAUCUAUCAUUCUUGGGCAUAGGGUCGGCCUCACACACCGUCGAUGGACCGGAGGUGCGAAGGGAAACAAAGCAGGAAAGAGAGGCGAGGAGGUUAGAGAAGGAAAGGGUGGCAAGGGAGAAGGAGCGGACGAGGAGUAUGAAGGAAGAGCAUGUCGACGGGGGAUACUUGGUCACGCAAGGAGUUUAUACCGGCACUGAGGACUUCAGCAAACCAGUCGUGAGGCAAUUUAUGAUUGAGCGACGCAUAGCACCAUUUUGGUACGGCCUUAACGACUUCCACCAUGAAUGGACCGAGCAUCAACUCGUUGCCGCCGCAAAGGGUCUUCCUAUACCGGCUCCGGACGAAAUACCUCUGGAGCUUGACAGACCUCCAACUGUUGAAUCACCUCAUACUUCGAGCAACAACAUCCACAAUCUCACCGUACCUAUCGCCGGAAGGUCGGAUUCAUACGCCUCAGAUAACUCCUCCCAUCUGUCGCCGUCAUCUCCAGUUCCUAACCAACCGCUUCAUCUGCAAGCGACAUCGCCAUUCCGCCCACGGUCGAAGACUCUCGCAUCUUUAACCUCGAAAAACCCACCCCAAAGCGACAUAGUACCUCGCGAGGUUCAACUACCCGUCGAUCCUUACGUUAACGGCUUGCGUAUGGAAGCAUUUCUAUACAAAGAUGCGACGGAGUGCCCGAUCUGCUUCAUAUACUAUCCACCAUACCUAAACAAAACUCGGUGCUGCGACCAGCCCAUCUGCUCCGAGUGCUUCGUACAGAUUAAGCGGCCGGACCCUCAUCCUCCGGAGCACGAGCAUAACGAUCCCUCAAAUCCUUCACCUCCUCCACCUCCUGUCCAAGAGAACCCGGAGACUUUGGUCUCGGAACCUGCUAAUUGUCCUUAUUGCCAACAAGCAGAAUUUGGGGUAACAUACGAAACUCCCCCGUUCAGGCGGGGCUUGGCAUAUGCAAACUUAGGGCCAACAAGCUAUGGCUCUGCAAUGUCCUCUUCAUCGUCAUUAAAUUCCGCAGUCAGCCCUUCACUUAAACCAAUUGCUGGACGACGAAGGACGACCUCGGUAUCAGCUAGCGAUGCCACAGUUAUUACGACCGACAAAGUAAGGCCGGACUGGGCAACUAAACUGGCAAAUGCCAGGAAUCACGCUGCGCGGAGAUCGGCCGCGGCUACCGCUCUUCAUACAGCUGCCUAUAUGAUGGGAAGUGGGGGCUCAGAAACCAGGAGCUUUGGAUUUUCAAGCCGUUUUCGUAACCGUGGUAGCCCAGCGGAUAGUAGUGCGGGUACUCCAACUGAGCAGGGGCCUGACACUGCAGCUCGAUUAGCUGCCUUCUCGACCUUAGCGGAGCAACAGGCCGAGAGGCAGCGUGAGGCACAGGCUGACCCUGGCUCGAGGCGCAGGAGGUCGCGGGUGGAGGACCUGGAGGAGAUGAUGAUGAUGGAAGCUAUUCGUCAGAGCCUGGUUGCAGAAGAGGAGCGCAAGCGAAAGGACGAGAAGGAGGCGGCGAAGGAUGCAAAGAAGGAGGCUAAGAAGAAGGAGAAGGCAGAGAAGAAAGCAGAGAAGGCUGCUAAGAAAGGAGUAUAUGGUAGCGGUGCCACCAGUAUAAGUGGGAGCGCAUUGAGCCUGGUUCUUCCUGGCGUGGGCCGGAGGCGGGGAAACAGCGGAGCCUCUGCUAUGGCGAGAGAGGCCGCUGCGAACAAGAAUGAUAAGGGGAAGGAUGUGGAUAGGGGAGCAGUGGCGCCGUCGACAUCAUCAUCAUCGGAUAACCCAUCCCAUAGUGAUGAAGCGCCAACUGCAGUCCCUACUACACUCCCAACUGGAGCACCGACUGGAGCACCCACAUUCCGACAUCAUGUUGAGGAACCGACCCCAGAGCUUCUUCACCACGAGUUCCCUCCACAUUCUCCAACUACGACAGUGCCAGAAAGGCCGUCUCACUUGAGGCAAAUGUCGAACGCAUCCUCACCAGCGUCCUCGAUUGUUGAGUCCGUACAUGGUUCUAUCAAGGGCGAUUUUCCAGGAUCAUCAUCCUCUGUAGCCUACGUGCUAUAG